GGGCAAGAUAAUUGGCGCAAGGCCACUUAUAACCAUUUGGUUGUUUCCCUAUAGGUCGAAUCUUUGUUAAUAUUAAUGCUGUGAUAUCAACUACAAUAUAGUGUGAUAUUUUUUUCGUGAACAUCUUCCAAUCGAGUGUCAUGGCAUCAACAAGGGAGCAUAGCGAGGAGGAGGACGAGGAAGACACCAAGAAGAAAAACUCCAACACCCUCCCACUGUGGGGAAAUGAGAAAACCAUGAACCUCAACACCCUAUUGCUCACAAACAUUCAGUCAUCUCAUUAUUUCAAAGUGAACCUGUUUGAGUACAAGACUUACCACGAGGUGAUCGAUGAGAUAUACUACAAGGUCACCCACCUGGAGCCGUGGGAGAAGGGCAGCCGUAAGACGGCUGGUCAGAGCGGCAUGUGUGGUGGGGUGCGCGGUGUGGGCGUUGGCGGUAUCGUCUCCACGGCCUUCUCGUGCCUCUACAAGCUGUUCACGCUGCGGCUGACGCGCAAACAGGUGACCGGACUGCUCAACCACACCGACUCGCCGUACCUGCGCGGGCUCGGCUUUAUGUACCUCAGAUACACCCAGCCGCCGGCCGAUCUGUGGGGCUGGUUCGAGCCAUUCCUGGAGGAUGAGGAGAUGAUCGACGUGAAGGCUGGCGGCGGCGAGGAGAUGAUGAUGGGCGUGCUGGUGCGCAAGAUGCUGACCAAGCUGGACUGGUACGGCACCCUGUUCCCGCGUAUCCCCGUACCCAUCCAGAUGAAGAUUCAGAAGCAACUGCAGGAGCGUUUUCCGGCGGUGGGCGGCCCGCAGGUGGGGGACGUUCGACGGCCGGGGGCCGGGGAGGACGGCCGCCGCCACCCGGCCCGGGAGAGGUCCGCCAGCCGGGAGCGCCAGAGGCCGCAAGCACCUCCGCGAGACAUUGCUGAAGAGAUUGCCCUGGAAAAGGAGCGCAUCCGCCGGGAGCGAGAGGGCAGUCGAGGCAGGGACGGAAACGAGAGCAAUUCGCGAGAUCGGCGUGACAGCAAAUCACGCGAGCGUCACGACAGCAAGACGCGAGAACAUCGCGACAGCAAAUCACGUGAUCAUCGCGACAGCAAGACACGGGACCAUCGCGACAGCAAAUCGCGCGAGCACCGCGACGAGCGGCGGCGGGAGCGGGAGCACAGGAGCCGUGACCGAGACCGGCACCGCAGCCGGAGCCGCUCCCGGGAGCGGCGUCACCGGCGGAGCCGCAGCCGCGAGCGGCGCGCCGACGGCCGCAGGGAGCGCUCUCAGCGGAGCCGCAGUGGGAGCCGGGAGCGGCGCCGACGGAGCAGGGAGAGGGACCGACACCGCGACGAGCGGCGACACCGGCGCAGCGGCAGUCGGGAGCGGCGCCGCUGAGCCCGGGCCCGCCGGCGAGCGGACCGAGGACGAGCUCAGAGGAGCGGCGCUGUGCGGCGCGCUGCGCACAGCGGCUCCGAGCUGGCUGCCGAUAGCUGAUUCCCACUGAGACUGGCUGGGUGGAUCCUGGCCGAUACUGGACGUUGAUUGUCACCAUUCGCAUGUGUAUACCAUGUGAGUCAUAAAUAUGUCAUGGGCGUAA